AUGACCAGUUCGAAGGAUAAGCUCGACGCGUCCUACGAUGCGGAGAAGGACGUUGGAUCCUUGCUCGAUGUCGGACGUAGGGAAGGGGAUGGCCUGCCAUUCUAUAGGCAGUGGAUGCAGAAGCUGCUCAACUGGGGCGUGGAGGAACGAGGCAUUCUUCCCGUCUCUCCCGAGGAUCGCACAGACAAGCAGUAUAGCAAGAUAUGUUUUAUCUGGCUGUCUGCCAACUUCAACAUCCUUUCAUUUUCGGCGGGCACGCUGGGUCCCAUUGUGUACGGACUUAGUCUCCGAGACACAUGUCUGGUCAUCCUAUUCUUCAACCUAUUAUGCAGCGCUCUACCUGCCUACCUUACGACAUGGGGGCCAAAGCUUGGAUUGCGUCAGAUGUGCCAGGCUCGGUACAGCUUCGGCUAUUUCGGUGUAAUUAUAGCGAGCGUGAUCAAUCUUGCAACGAUGUGCGGGUAUUGUAUCCUCAAUUGUAUUCUCGGAGGACAAACGCUUGCUAGUAUAUCAAACGGCAACCUCAGCUGGACUAUUGGGAUUGUCAUCAUCGCUGUCAUCUCUCUCCUGGUUUCUUUCUGCGGAUAUAAAGUUCUCACUUGGUAUGAACGUAUUGCUUGGAUACCUGUUGUCAUCGUCUACGUCGUGGCGCUCGGGAUCGGUGGCAAACACUUGGACAACCCGCCUGCUGCAGAACCUGCGACUGCCUCAGCUAUUCUGACUUUUGCGUCGACGAUUGCUGGUUUCGUCAUCACAUAUGCCCCAAUCAGCUCAGAUUAUACCAUAUACUUUACCCCCGACGUGCCCAGCUGGAAAAUAUUUACAUACUCGUAUUUGGGACUUAAUCUCCCCAUUAUCACCAUUCAAUGCCUCGGCGCGGCAGCCGUCGUUGCAGCGCCUGCCGUCCCAUCCUGGAACGCUGGAUAUAACAACGGCAACGUCGGUGGCCUGCUCGAAGCGAUGCUCAGCCCCUCCGGCAAUUUUGGCAAGUUCCUCACUGUGCUGCUUGCACUCAGUGUGACAGGCAACAUUGCGCCCACCCUCUACUCGUUUUGCCUGUCCUUCCAGGUGUUCAUUCCUCCCGCAGCUGCCGUACCCAGGUACAUGUUUUCGCUCCUCGCUACUGCAAUUAUCAUACCACUGUCCAUCGUGGGCCAGCACAAAUUCUACGCCACCCUCAGUAAUUUCUUGGGGCUUAUCGGCUAUUGGGCCAGUGCAUUUGGGGCCGUCGUCCUCUUGGAGCACCUGGUAGUCCGCCGGGGCGAUUUCUCCGCCUACGACCUGCGCUACUGGAAUAGUUCCGGAAAGCUGCCCACGGGACUCGCGGCCAUUGGCGCGUGUUUGCUCGCGGUCGGGCUGAUCGUCCCGGCUAUGGACCAAGUGUGGUUCGUCGGUCCGUUUGCGAAAACCACGGGAGACAUCGGGUUUGAGCUGGCGUUCGCGACGACUGCGCUAUUCUAUCUACCCUUGAGAUAUCUAGAACUUAAAUUUAGGCCGUUGGUAUAA